UUUUUUCUGGGCGGCCGCGGCGACCCGGGACUGGCUCGGGGAUGGGAAGCGAAGCCCCCGGAGCUGCGGCAGCGGCGGCGCUGUGAGGAGCAGCCAGGGGGAGGCAGCUGCGGCUCGUCGGUGAGUAUCUGGGAAGCGCUGCCAUGGCGUUUCGUAAGAAGAGCACCAAGAACCCCCCAGUCCUGAGCCACGAAUUCAUCCUGCAGAAUCAUGCGGACCUCGUCGCCUGUGUGGGGAUGUUCUUCGUGCUGGGGCUUAUGUUCGAGGGAACGGCCGAAGCAUCUAUCGUUUUUAUUACUCUUCAGCACAGUGUUACCUUUCCUGCAGCAGAAGAGCGAGCCACAGAAUCAAAGUUCCUUUACUAUUACGGCAUCAAAGAUUUGGCCACGGUUUUCUUCUACAUGCUAGUGGCAAUCAUCAUUCACGCCACAAUUCAGGAGUAUGUGUUGGAUAAAAUUAACAGGCGAAUGCAGUUCCCCAAAGCGAAACAAAGCAAAUUUAAUGAAUCUGGCCAGUUUAGUGUAUUCUACCUGGUUUCUUGUAUUUGGGGCACAUUCAUUCUAAUUUCUGAAAACUGUCUGUCAGACCCAACUCUCUUAUGGAGGGCUCAUCCCCAUAAUAUGAUGACCUUCCAAAUGAAGUUUUUCUACAUAUCACAGUUGGCUUACUGGUUUCAUGCCUUUCCUGAACUCUAUUUCCAGAGAAUCAAAAAGCAAGAUAUCCCUCGUCAACUUGUCUACAUUGGCCUUCACCUCUUUCACAUCGCUGGAGCUUACCUCUUGUACUUGAAUCAUCUGGGACUUGUUCUUUUGAUGAUGCACUACUUUGUUGAGUUACUUUCUCACAUUUGUGACCUGUUUUAUUUUAGUGAUGAAAAGUACCAGAAAGAGUUUUCUCUGUGGGCAAUUGUGUUUAUUUUGGGUCGACUAGUGACUUUAAUUGUGUCUGUGGUGACUGUUGGCUUUCACCUAGCUGGAGGGCAGAAUCGGAAUCCAGAUGCUGUUGGUGGAAAUGUAAAUGUGUUAGCAGCUAAAAUUGCUGUUCUUUCAUCCAGUUGCACCAUCCAAGCGUACAUAACAUGGAAUUUAUUUAAUGUCCAGCUUCAGAGGUGGAUGGAGGAAGACACUACUCUUCAGGCCCCCGUUGUGAAGAAGAAACGGACUAAAGGGAGGUCUUCUAGAAAAGGAACAGAAAAUGGUGUAGCAACUUCAAAUAGAGUAGACUCUCCGCAUAAAAGGAAAGAGAAAUCUUCAUAAUGAAUUACACGCUAAUUGAUUACUGUCCCCAAAGAAGUCUGCUCUUUACUAUAAGAUACCUUUGUGUGCUACAGAUUUUUCUGUUCUUCAAAAUAGUUUGUGCUGUCUUUGAUUUCUGUUAUUGUACUGUGUAAUGUAUUUUUUAAAGGCACUUGAGGGGAGGAUGCUUAUCAUGAGUG